AUGCCUCGCGACGCGUACGGUGGUAUUAUCUCUCUCGAAUUCCUCCUGCAUGACUUCCUUGACUCCACAGUUCGUACCCUGGCAAUCGCCGCCGCCCUUGCUGCUGCCACAGACCCCCCUAACCCCCCUGCCAGCCAGUGCAACCCUCCGGAUCUCCAGUGCUGCGAAAGCACCGGAACUGCCAAGAACUCGGCCAUCGUAGGGCUCCUCGCAGCCGUGGGCGUUGUCCUUGAGGACCUCGACCUUCUCGUCGGUAUCAAGUGUACCCCCAUCAGCGUCAUCGGUGUUGGAGGAGGCUCUUGCACUUCGCAGCCCUUCUGCUGCUCCAACAAUUCGUACAACGGCCUCGUCGCCCUCGGCUGCAUCCCGGUCAAUCUCAACUUGUAA